UGUCAAUGCAAUUAAAUCAUUUGUUGUCAUCGGUGCAUUGUGAUGUCUUCGUGGACUGCGAUUAUUGAUAGGGUAGGAUGAGAUGUGAUUAAAAUAAAAGUAAUCCAUGCAUUUGCAGUGGAACGGUUUGCAGUACAAAGUCCUGCUAGGUGCACUUUCCUGGGAUUGUAAUCUGCAAAUUUGCCAAAAGUGCUAACCGAAAAACUUCUUCGUAAAAUUACCAACAGAGAGAGAAGGUUGGGUUUUGUGCAUAAAAAACAAAGACGUUCUAGCGUACUCUAACAACGAUUGAGAUAUUUUCUGUGAAAUCUUAUCGCUUCCCUGUUUCACGAAGAGCUCAAAUCCGGAGGUAACAUUCGCCCGACGAUAGUACCGGUUGUGCAUAACGAAUAUCAAAAAUUCUACCCGUAACUGUGUUCUUCGGGAAUGUUUGACUAGCUUGAAUCUUUGAAUGUUUCCGCUUUAUCACGACAUAAUCAUACACCCAGCAUGAAGGUUCUGGAAAGUGGUACAUAAUAAGGGUAAACAUUCCAGAGUGUGCCGUAUCGUGAGACGAACGACAAGUCUGAACAAGUGCGAUUUUGUUGUUUGUGCCGAGCGAUAGCCGCCACCGCAGUGAGUGCGAAAGAGAUAACGAGCGUGUGGGUGCAUCGGAAUUGAACGGUACAGGGGCAGAGCAGAGAACUGCGGCUCGGUGUGUCCCCGGCAGGUAAAGAGGAGCUGGUCGGCCUUCUCCAAAAAGUUGCUGUGGUUUCCUAGAUUAGAGUGUGAAAAGUGUCGACUGUCCAUCAAACCCGAACGUUGGCACAGUUGCGAACAGUGAGCCAUUCGCGCAGCCCAUCCUCGUGCGACCUGCCGCGGAAAAAUAGUACGCAACAAUGAACAUGAAACCGAAACAACCGUACGGAAAUUCUCGAAAUGUAACGAAAAUAUUAACUGGCCGUGCGUACUGGGGCAUGGAGCAUGUGCUCCGGAAGCGCCUCCGCACAGCGCCCCAGUUUGUGGAUAACAUCGAGCUGGAAGCGGAACUGCGCGGUCACAACGGAUGUGUGAACUGUUUGCAGUGGAGCGACAAUGGACGCAUCCUUGCAUCCGCAUCGGACGAUUUCCAUGUCAUGCUGUGGGAUCCGUUUCGUCACAAGCAGUUACAUGAUCUGGUCACACCACACGAAGGCAACAUUUUUUCCGUAAAGUUCCUGCCCAAGCGAAACAAUUCCCUCCUGGUUACUGGUGCCGGCGACUGCAAAACCUUCGUGUUCGAUGUCAACCGACAGAAUGACUACCCGAUUCGGCAGUGCAGCUGCCAUACGCAGCGCGUCAAACGUUUGGCCACAUCGCCCCGAAAUGUGCAUAUGUUUUGGUCGUCCGGCGAAGACGGAUUGGUACUGCAGCACGAUCUACGUCAACCGCACGAUUGCCGUGGACAGGACGCAAAUGUGCUGAUAGAUCUGCGAAGCUACGUGUUUGCAGCGCCGGAAGUGAAAUGUAUCGCAAUCAAUCCGCAACGCCCUGAGCAGCUGGCUAUCGGGGCAAAUGAUAUCUACGCCCGGCUGUACGAUCGGCGAAUGAUUUCUCCUGGCAAGGUUCAUAGAAGUGUAAAUGGUGUGAUUGAACCGGCCAACGUGACCGGCGUAAGCAUCCCGAAGGAUGGUUGCGUGAAAUACUUCUGUCCCGGUCAUUUGGAUAGCAAGUAUCAAGCCGCCCAACAGUUGGGCGACAUUUAUCAGUACAAAGCGGUCACUUACCUCACAUUCAGCCCCGACGGUACGGAAUUGCUGGCCAACAUGGGUUCGGAUCACAUUUAUCUGUAUGACGUUACCCAUCCACGACAUGCACUGUUUCUAGAAUUGCCAAAGUUUCCUAGUACGCCUGAUGGUGGUAAUGCGAAUGGUAGCGAUUGUAAUGGCGGUGAAGCGGGUGUAACUGUUGGAGCGGAGAAAACGAAACACAAGUUCCCACCGGAUGUGGAACAGCUGAAAAAGGAGGGGAACGCAAGCCUGGAGAAGGAUCAGUUCCUGCAGGCAAUCAACAAGUACACACAAGCGAUAGAGAAGGUGAAUGGCAAGGAUUGUGCUAUAUUUUACCUAAAUCGUGCAACGGCCCUGAUGAAACGCGGUUGGUACGGUGAUGUAUAUGCCGCUGUACGAGACUGUCACACCGCGUUGCGACUGGACCCACACUACGUGAAAGCUCAUUUCCGGUUGGCUAAGGCUUUGCUCAAGUUGGAAAAAUCGAAAGAAGCACAGAUCUGUCUGGAGGAACUCGUAAGACGGUUUCCAUCGUACGCGAAAAAUCCGGGCAUUCUCAUGCUGGAGAAGGACAUAGGGAUCGAGAUAGAAAAGGCACGACACCGGACCACGCUAGGUCGAAAUCCGGACAUUCAAAUCGAAAACUACACGGAAGAGGAAAAGUACUGGCGAUCGAUGUCGAUGGAUUACGAGCAGCGUUACAUCGGACAUUGCAACACGAAGACGGACAUCAAGGAGGCGAACUAUUUUGGUGAUUCAAACUAUAUCGUUGCUGGAUCCGAUGACGGAAAUUUCUUCAUCUGGGAUCGGCACAGUGGCAUCAUCCAUUCGAUCUUUCAAGCCGACGAGCUUAUCGUCAACUGCGUGCAGCCGCAUCCGUUCAUUUGCAUGCUGGCGACGAGUGGCAUCGACCAUGAGGUGCGCCUCUGGUCACCGCAGUCGCCGGAGAAACCAGCGUUGCGACGUGUGCUUAAUGUCGAUAAUGUCGUGGACGACAAUCAGACUCAUAUGCAGAUCGAUCCGUUUGAUUCGAUUGCACCGGACCAGGCGAUCUGUCGGGCUAGUUAGCUUCUAGCGCAACUGAUCGGCAGUAUAAUUCAUGUGAUUAAAGCUAGCAUUAAUAAAUUUUUUGCAAGAGUUCCGUUUCUGUAACUGAAACGGAGACCGGCUGUCCGGUACUGCGGGGAUAUAUAUUGCAGGACCAGGAGAACAUACUUGCCAGAAGGUAGGGCCGUCUGCUCCCGGUGCACUACACGCUACUACUCAACAAUUGUGAAUGAGUUGAGUGAUUACGAGAUUAGGAGAAUUGCUGUCGAGAAAUAGCAAAGUCUUCGACGACCGAACACAUCUACGCGAAAUUAUUUUUUUUCAUCCCAGGUGGAAAAGUAUGUAAUGGGUAGAGUACAACACCUUUGUGACACAUAGAAAUUCGGCUCUCGGUUCAGCUACUACUACAUGCAAACGGCAUGUGCACGUGAACUCACCACACACUCUCUCUCUCCCUCUUCAGCAUCUUCCAUUCAAAGUGGAAUCGAGAAUUAUUUUUGUUUUGUUAUGAAACCUUGCGUAAUCGUAUAGUUUAAAGUGUUGUGGAACGAAAAAAAAAAACAACCACCCACAAGGAUAUAUUUCGAGCAGCAAGCGUAUUUAAAUAUUUAAAGUCGAAUUUAAAGUAUAAUUAAACUUUUUGGAUUGAAUCGUUCUGCAUCGUUUUGAUAGGUUUUUAUCAGUGAUCUUUUACUUCCUAGAAUGAACAAUGUUCUGUUCUGUCUGCAUGAAAUCGUGUCCAAAAAGCUAAUAUGUUGUAAUUUCUAUUAGAUGAACUCAUUUCAGCAUUACGUUGAAACUGAAAAAAAGAAGCAUAUUUAACGCAAUACUAUCGUGGCAAGCGAAAUUAUAACGAAUAAACACACGUUCCAUAUCCGAACGAAUCGGAA